UUCUCUUCGACCUUCCUUCCCCAUCUCAUUACCCACUGUUGCCAAUUGUGAGCACAUAGGGCGCGGCAGCCUUAACUCAAUACCCACACCCGCCAUUAAGUCAGCUACUCAGAUCUCAGCUUGCCUGCGAUCUAUUGCUUUUCCGCACGAACGGGCAAGUUCGCCUUCUCUUCAUCUUUCCACACGAGGAGCCCCUCCUUCCCUGCCUCCUACCGACACAUGCCGUGCCGUCCUAUUCCCCCUACAAGGUUAAAUCUGCUCUGGAGGCACACCAUCAACACAGACGGCGCUGCCGAAGAUACAGGACCUACAUAACCACAGGACUAUAUCUGCUGGGCUCCUGCUGGUCAUACCUAUCUCCAUCCCACAAAGUUUUACAUACUUUUUUAGCCACAGCAUCCCUCCCCCUCCUGAUCAUCCAGUCAGCCUUCGACUAUCUCGACUCCGACAUCCGGAACUCAAUCUCUUGCCCCUUGUCACUUGUGUUGCCCCAAACCCUCAGUCAAGAAAAGAACCCCCCCCCCGGACUCAAGAAUACCAGAUUUGGCCCUCUACCCUGUGAAGCCAACUUCGACAAAGAGCGCACACUGGCAACUCAUUGCUUGCUACCUGCCAGUGUGAUACUUAUCCUGCCUGUCGAAGGACGUCCUGAACUGUCUCGGCGACUGCUGUCCUCCAGGCCCGUUCUCCGAUCCUGCGCGCGGGCGAGAAUUCACCGCUGAAGCAGUUGCAAUUCGGUUACCAACUGCCACUCACUCCUUGCCAACCAGGGGCACAUCCGCAAAAGUAAAUGCUCGUUUUACCUUCACGACGAGUCUACAGCGAUUCUCUACCUCCGACCCCUAUCCGUCAAUCACCCUGACGAUCCCGGCGCAUCUCUUGUCGACGCGGGGACUUCUACUUAAGCUGAUAGCCUUCUCGGAUCUUCUCAGAAACUUCAUCCUCCGUCGUCAAUGACUCCAAGUCUCUUUUCGUGAAAAAGGAAAAGCUCCAUUUCAACCUCGUGGUCUCCUUUUUUCCGGCUCUUCCCUUCGACCCCUCCCAGAACCUAUCUCAGACUCCAAAGGUCGCUCAGAAGACAACGAGCUCAACACGCCAGGUUUGUCAUCUCUGGAUCAUUAACUUUGGGAACAUUUGGGUUGGCGCCUGUCAAAAGUGGCGGAGCCUCCAUAGCAUUCAACGCGGGCUGGCGUGAAGUUAAACUGAGGCCUCACCCCCGGAAAGUUCGAGCCUCAACAAGACUCAAAGAACCACAGUUCCUCCGCAAACCCACCAGCAUCAUCACGCAUCUCUCUCAGAUACUCGCUAUCGAAUUCUUGAAUCAACAAUUAGUCACUCCUCCCAUCACCAGCUUUGGAUCAAACUCAGUGCAGACGCGGAUCUUGCGGGCUACUGGUUACCCAAAAACAACUGUACUUUGGCAAAGACCAGCCACUGCAGUUCAAACCAAACAAGAAGUAUCGAUCCUCUGGGGCUUUUAUUAUUGCAGAUUGCAAUUUUGAUACCGACCGUCUCUAAGUUCUCUCCAGCAUCUGCGCCGUUGUCUACAACACAACCUGGAAAGAGACCCACACAGUUUUACGCAUUUUCUAUCAUCAACCAGCUCUGAGGCUGGUGUACAGACUUCUCUCUACAUUCUUAUUCUUACAAUUUCGCCCAGCAAAGUGAGAGAAAAACCACAAAGCAGGAAGCUCCGCGCGAAAACCCAUUUUCCACAACGGUGGUAAUUUUUGAGGCGGUUUUCCUUCUGGCCGGGUUGACAACCCUCAGGCUUUCUCAGCCCAACUCAGGACCCCAGAACUUUGCCUGUCCCGAACGGUUUUUGUGAGCAACGCAUGUCAGUGCUCCUCUGUGACAGUCUUUUUAAGAUUAGAGUCUCAAGAGCCGGAAACUCUGCCUCAUAACACUUUCGCUCUCUCAGAGACUUGCCCACCAUAGCGCCGAUACGCCACCACCGUUCCGCCAUGUCUUCUGGCGGAGCAUCGCUGCAGCCAACCUUCCAAGGCCAUGUAGCCACUACCCAAGACGCCCUCAUUCUCUUCGAGGCAUGCCUGCAAGGGCACCUCUCGCAUGUACCCAGGCGACCCCACGAUCGAGAAAGAAGCAAUCUGAUCAGAAGCGGGUGCGUCUUUAUCUAUGAAGAGAAUGCAUCCGGAAUCAAGAGGUGGACAGACGGUGUUACUUGGAGUCCCAGCAGGAUCCUGGGCAAUUUCCUUGUCUAUCGAGAACUUGACAAACCAUUUCCACCAGGAGAGAAGAAGAGAGCCAUGAAAAAGCAACAGAGGCGUCCAAGCCGACCGGGCGAGCCCUAUGCCAGAUCCGAGGGUGGCUCAUUCUCGGAUGGACAAUCUGGCAGCUACAACUCCGAUCGCAGCGCCUCUGCUGACGUCGAGAGGCAGCUGAUAGGCUCACUGGUAGACUCCUACGGCUUCAAGCAGGACGGAUUGGUCAAGAAGACGAUGAGCGUCACAGUCCAAGGCGUCACACAUCACCUGGUCUCCUACUACCAUGUAAAUGACGUCCUCACCAACCAGCUGCGCACACCUUCCCAGACGGACAACCUUCAAUACAUCCGUCCACGGUCGGAACUGACCUCGAGACAAAGCUUUCGGGCGCCCAUCGAGGAUGUUGACGAGGUGGACGGCGCUCAUAACUCGUACGCAUACCGUGUGAACGCAGGCGGCUAUCCCCAGCCGUAUUACCUGCCUCCAGGGUAUCCUCCCAUGGCUCAGCAGCCCAAUCCCCCCCAAUAUUCCAUGGCUGUUCCUUCCAUGUCCACGGGUUACAUACAAUCCCCGGUAACAGCAUCACAUAUGCAUGGACAACGAAAUGACUAUGGUCACUACGACCAAUCGGGGUACAAUCGAAGCUACGAGUCCUUGAACAGCUCAAUUCCUCCGCCGUCCAAAUCAAUCCCUGCCACGCCGACCACGAUGGCUCCAAUCAUGUCGGACCGCUCCCAAGCGCAAACGGCCAUGUACCCGCCCAUGAAUAUGCAGCGACCAGUCAACCCUUUGAGCCCGGUGUCGAUGGAUUCUCGAGCACCUGUGCCAUACCGGCCAAGUCCAUAUGGAGUGACCCAUAGCAAUGGUGCUCAGAUGGACCAGAACCGGCAGAGUCAACCCUCUCCCACACAAGUGAAGUAUGAUGACCGUAGGGAAACGGCACCGCAGCCAGCUCCAAUGUACCAAAGUCCACGCACGCCAUACUAUCCCGACACAGCCAGUCAAGCUAUCCCUCAGCCUCAGUAUCCUCAGUGGGCAGGACAAGCUCAUAACCCAUAGGGUGGAUCAGGAGCUCUUCCGCCCCCUGGGGGCAACAACAGUAAACCUUGUCCCAAGAUGAUGGCACCGCGGCAUCCGUCAGAUUCUGGCUCUUUCACCUCUGAUGGAUCAGACCGCGCAGGAGUCCCAACCAAGCCCACAAUGCAGUGAACGGCAAGAAAAUCCCGCGGGGCUUGUUCAACACAAGGGUGGAAGUAUGUAUUACGAUCAACAGCCCCGGAUGUCUUGGGAAGAACAUGAUGAUCGCUGUCGCGUCUGGGUGGCCUCAGCCCAAUCGUGGAGUAUUUUCUGGUGGGAUGUGAGCAGCAACGUUAUCGUCUUGCUUAAAUUUGCACAAGCCAGGACCUAAUAUCUCUUUUUCAACUGGCAACGCCCGAAUCCGUCUUUCAAGGUGUGGGUUUCGUGUCAAGAUCCAAGUUUUUGUUCAUGAACAAGUAUUGCAGGUGUCCAACUCUUUGCGAAAGUUUGUGCGGAUCCAUGUGGGAGAAUUAACCAUCUCCAAGAGUCUCGGCCUGUAGGCGUCACAGGUCAAUCGCAGGUCUGAGUUCAGCCUGGCCUGGCGGGAGAGAGGAGGACGAGGAACAGAGACUCGAUAACGGCGGCUUUGGGGAGGUCUCACAGAUAUUGCUUGCUUCUGAAUUGGGACGUUUGACUUUGCAGAGACCAAAGGGGGUCGAUGCAGAAACGCAGUGGUGUACAAACUGGUCAACUGGGAACAAUGAGGAAGGGGUUGGUCUGGGAGGUAAUGAAUGAAACGGCCGGCAGGAGGUUUACUGGAUUCGACGAGAGAAAAAAAAAAGUUCGAGGGAGGCACAUUUGUCUUUGUAAUUGCGUUUCUGCUCUUGUACAUGUCCUGGGAGUGGGCGGCAAAUGCUUCUAUCGUUACAAUGUUGUUCCUUCGGGUUCUCUGAGAGUCGCUCAGGACGAAGGAUGAAAUGCAUCUUAUUGAGACCAGUCCAUGGCUUCCUUCAGACUUUUGCAAAUUCACCCCAUCAGCGGUGAAGCCAAUUUGCAGCCUGCCAGCACGGCCUGUUUGAUAAUCUUGAUCCUAAACACCAGCAAUAAGCUCAGCACC